CACCGGAAACUGUCUCUGCAGUGCCAGCAGAAAAUGAAAACGAGGCAGGCUCGACAUCUCUUUUAUUGAGUUUAUUUCUCGGAUACAUUGUCCUGCCCGUUUGUGUUUUGAAUGACACAGUCGUGCGGGGACACCCGGUGGCAUGACUGGACUCCAGAGGACGCGGUUUGAUGAAGUAGUGCGCCGCCUGGGCUGGAAACAUCGCUCCGACCGAAAGUAGAGUUGUGUGGGUGAAGGCAGAGCGUUGCUGACCCCUUCAAUGACCAACCUUCAGUGCUGGCGAUAAAAGCUUCGCUGGCGACACCGCGACCAUGGAAGGCCACCAUGAGUACUCUUAAUUAAGUUGCUGCCCGUAUCUUAGCCCGUAGGAUAACGGUUUCAGUAUGGCCGACCGGCGGUGCUCCAUGCGCCUUUUAGUCGCCUGAUAUUAACCCGACAGGCCUGCUUUUUCCAUCUGGAAGUUUCUUGGCAGGGGAAAGCAGGCCAGCUAGCAUCGCUAGCGUUUGCCUUUUCCGUGCUGCGUCCCUGGGCUUUAACGGUGCAGAUGUGCCCAUGACCACACCACUGACACCGCAGUCCGACAAUUCGAGGACUUUUUAAUUCCAAGAAGUAUUUUUUAUGGGAUUCAUAUCGGCGAAUGACAGACGGGCCUAAGCCAAGAUGGUGAACUGGAGGCGGCUGCUGCGAAUGUCCAACCGCUCGUUCCUGGCCUUCAUAUUCUUCUUCUCCAUGUCCACCACUUGUCUCUACUUCAUUUACGUGGCUCCCGGAAUAGCCAACACGUACUUCUUCAUGGUGCAGGCUCAGGGCAUCAUGUUGAGGGACAAUGUGAGGACCAUCGGCCAUAUGAUCCGAUUGUACACCAACAAGAACAGUACGCUCAAUGGGACGGACUAUCCUGACGGCAGUAACUCGAGUGAAUACCUGGUGCAGCCAACGACGUACCUCCCUGAGAACUUCACCUACGCCCAGAACCUCCCCUGCCCACAGCGAUUACCUUCUAUGAAGGGCCUUAUGGAAGUGAACAUGACUGAGAUCCCUAUGGAGGAGAUAGAACUCCAGUUCUCCAAGUUCUUCGACAUGGAGUUUGGAGGCCAUUGGAAACCAAAGGACUGCAGACCUCGCUGGAAGGUGGCCAUCCUGAUCCCAUUUAGAAACCGGCAUGAACAUCUCCCCAUCCUCUUCCAACACCUCAUCCCCAUGCUGCAGAGACAGCGGCUACAGUUUGCCUUCUACGUCAUCGAACAGAGCGGGAGCCAGCCCUUCAACAGAGCCAUGCUAUUCAACGUGGGCUUCCUGGAGGCCAUGAAGGACUUGGACUGGGACUGCCUGAUCUUCCACGAUGUUGACCACAUUCCCGAGAACGACCGAAACUACUACGGCUGUGGUCAGAUGCCACGUCACUUUGCUGCCAAGCUGGACAAAUACAUGUACAUUCUUCCAUACAGCGAGUUCUUUGGCGGCGUGAGUGGACUCACCGUGGAGCAGUUCCGCAAGAUUAAUGGCUUUCCCAAUGCAUUCUGGGGCUGGGGAGGAGAGGAUGACGACUUGUGGAACAGGGUUCACUAUGCUGGUCUGAAUGUCACGCGACCGGACGGAGAGAUCGGCAAGUACAAGUCCAUUCCGCACCACCACAGAGGGGAGGUGCAGUUCCUCGGGCGGUAUAAACUGCUGAGGUAUUCCAAAGAGCGCCAACACCUGGACGGCCUCAACAACCUCCACUACAGCCCCCACAUCUCCCUCAGCAGCCUCUACAAGAACGUCACGGUGGACCUGUCCCCCGAGCUCGCCCCCAUCAUAGACUACUGAACUGCCCCAAGCCCCUCCUCCACACCCUCAGGCCACCCAGCUCCCCUCCAGCCUGGCCUCCCAGCGUUCAGCCAAUCAGAGGAGAGGGGAGGGGCCACAGGCCGGGAGGGGGGGGGGGGGGGGGGAACGAGGCGCACCAUGUAAUGCUGCCAAGAAAUUUUAGCCAGGAAAAAAGAAAAGAGAAUCCAAACCGAAAAAAUGAAAGAGGCAGUGGCAAGUCUCUCAAAGCGUGUGCGUGUGUUUGUGCGUGCGCGUAUGUGAGUGUGUGUGUGUGUGUGUGUGCGCGCGCGCGUGCGUUGCAUGUCUUUUUGUCUGUGCCGGCUUAACUGCUACAGGUUGACAUAAGUGUGUGUAGGUUGGAGGGCGCAGCAGCAUCUCCGCUCUGAUGUUUACUGCAAAGCCUUAAAGAACCACAGCUGUCUCGGCUCGCACUGCUUCACUUCUCAUGUAUCACUGUCACCUUACAAGCCAACAGACAAGCUUUUUCUACUAUCAUUUGUUUUCUACAUAUCAUUAUGUUGGGCCACAGUAUUCCUUUGAAAGAGGAAUCUGAGUGAGGGUGACAUUGUUUGUGAUGUAAAAAAAAAAAACCAACUUAUUUUGAUACGUGGUAUUUAUUUCCUCUGAUGCAGGAUGUUGGAAAAGCACUCCUGUCUGUGUUCGCUGUUUGUUUUGCUGCACUGCUGCUGAAUCCGCAUGAACAUGUAUGUAAAUAUCAGCCUCUUAAAGCUCGAACACAGAACACAAAUAUUUGUAAAUAUGGGCCUUUAAAUGCUCGGGUAUAUUACAGUGAUAUUCCAGUGGGUUUGAAUUUUAUUUUGGCAGCUACCUUGGUUCUAAGGAUUUAUUACGAGUGAGUGGUUUCUUCCUGACAGGAAGAUCUUCUAAUGAUAAAGUAUGUUUGGCUUAAAAAAAA